CACAACUUGGAAUGACAACUUAGACCAACACACGUGCGGCAAAAUAUCAUCUAAUAUCGACAUUUAAGUUUAAUUCUACCUCAUUUAUCAUUACUAGUUUAUAAGACUAUAUAUAGAAUAAUGGUAGUGGCUGAAAAAAUGAGUAAGCCAACACUUAAAGUAUCAGUUUCCAAUUCUGAAUCGUCCAGUGAAGAAGCUGAAGAUUCUGAAUAUGAGGCAGAGGUAUCAGACGACGCAAAUGAAGAAAGUUCUGAAAACAAUAACAGUGAUGAUGACCUUAUAUUAAAAAACGAGGGCUGGGCAGAUUCUAUUUCAAAGAUUCUCGGUUCGAAUAAACCCAAAAAUAAGAAGACAUUGGUUUUGUCAAGAGCAAAAAAGCUUGCAGAUGUUGUAAAAAAAGAAAAAGAAGAAAAACCUGCUUUUGAAAUUGUAGGAGAACAGCCUUUAGAAGAAAAACCAGAAGUAAAAGAAAAAAAAGUUGAUUUAGAACCACCGGUCAAGAAAAAGAAAUGUGAAAAAUCAUCAGUCCGAAUGAAACCAAACAUACUUGAAAAAGAUAGAGAAAGAUUAUUAGCAAAAAUAGCAACUAAAGGUGUUGUACAAUUGUUCAAUGCAGUAAGAAAUCAACAAAAAUCUUUUGAAACCGAACUAAAUAAAGAUUUACCGGAGGGUAAAAAAGAAAAGAUUCUAAAGAAAUUCGAUAAGAGAGCCUUUUUAGAUACACUUAUGGGUCAAUCAAAGUCUAUAGUUAUUGAAGAUCAAACAAAACCUUUGAAAGAUGAGUUAAAAGCAGAAGACAAACCACAAUGGAAUGCAUUAAGAGAUGACUUCAUGAUGGGUGCUAAAAUGAAAGAUUGGGAUAAAGAAGUUGAGGAAUAAACUAUUUAAUAAUAAAUUAUGAUUUUUUCUUAUAAAACAA